AUCAUGUGACUAGGAGGCGGGUCUAACCUGGAACGGCUGAGUCAUGUGACGAGGGGGCGGUGCAAGGGUAUCCGUUGCCGAAGGAGGCCUUGUUAGUAUUGUCCGGCAGGAGCCUGUCUCUCCUGUCUCCAUUAGCGAGUGAAGAUGUCGGGCCGCAUGGUGCCGUUCGGGUUUUUCCGAGCGGUGAGAUGGCUGCUUCUUGCUGUUUCCUGUUGCGUGUGGAACGAUGCGCAGGCGGACGAUGUUUUCGUUUACCCGGAACUGUGCGGGUACACUUGGGAGGCAAUGGAUUCACAGAAGGGAAUAUAUUACAAAAUAAAUCUAUGUUCCCCUUUAAAUUGUGGGAGUUUAAGUGCCAUCUGUGCUUACAAUUCUUCACAAAAAGCCAACCAUUCAGUGGGUGAUUAUGCAUUCAGGACCAGAGGAGUACAUCAUAUUGAGUACAACACCACCCAGAAAUGUACGAAACAGAACUCCAAUCAGACUGUCCAAAGCAGCAUCAACUUUUUAUGUGGCAAAACUUUGGGUAGCCCAGAAUUCGUGACGACUUCUGAAUGUGUGCAUUACUUUGAAUGGAAGACUUUUGUAGCCUGCAAGAAGAGCACCUUCAAUCCCCAUAAAGAGGUCCCUUGUUAUGUCAUUGAUGAAGUUGGAAAGAAACGUGAUCUGAAUCCGCUCAUAAAGAUGUCAGGAGGCUAUUUGGUUGAUUCUCCUGAUGAUGAUGAUUUGUAUAUCAACAUUUGUCGAGAUAUAGCUCCUUCAGGCCAGACCUCGGCGUGUAAAUCUGGCAGCAGUGCCUGCUUGUUGAAAGGAUCCACUGCAUUUGAUGUUGGCCAACCAACAGAUGCUUUAAAACUAGUUGGCAAAGACAGGUUAAUGCUUCGCUAUGCCAAAAAAAAUAAUGGAAAUGAAAAGUCACCAGCGUUUUGUGGCAAUCAUAAACCUGCUGUCACCAUUACUUUAAUCUGUCCCUCUGGAAGGAGACAGGGUACAGAUCCCAAGUUAAUUGCCAGUACUAACUGUCGCUAUGAAAUUGAAUGGGUUACUGAAUAUGCCUGCCCCAGAGAUUACCUAGAAAGCCAUAACUGCAAGCUUGUAAGUGACCAGCAUGACAUCUCCAUUGAUCUGACACCCCUCACAUUGACUGCAUCUAGCAAUCCAUAUCAUGUUGUCCCCAAGAAGACUGAUGACACCACUGCUGAAUACUAUUAUUACCUGAACGUGUGCGGACAGAUCAGCUCUGAUGUCUGCAGCGAUGAUAGAGGUUUUGUAGCAUCAUGUCAAACUAAACUAGAAGCUUCCUUUAGUAAGGUUGCAGGACGAUAUGAAAAUCAGACGCUCAGAUACUCCGAUGGUGAUCUUACGUUGAUAUAUCCUGAUGGCAAUUCAUGCAGCUCCGGCUUCCGAAGAAUGACAAUAAUAAACUUUUACUGUAAUGAAUCGGCUGCAAAUGGUGGAAAAGGUGAACCAGAAUUCAGUGCUGAAGUUGAUUGCACAUACAUCUUUGACUGGGGUACAAAGUAUGCCUGUGUGAAAGAAAAAGAAAACUUGCUCUGUCGUGCCUCUGAUGGAAGGAAACGAUAUGACCUUUCACCUUUAACUCGAUAUGAAGCAAAAGAGGUUCCUGAAUCUGACAACACUCACAAUUGGGAGGCAUUGGAUAGUCUGGUGAAAUCUGAUCAAAAACGGAUCUAUAUUAAUGUGUGCCAUAAGAUACUUCAGGAUGGCGGAGCUGUAGGAUGUCCUGAAGAUGCAGCUAUCUGUGCUGUUGGUGAAAAUAACAAAAAGAACCUCGGAAAAUUUGUUUCAUCCCCUGAAAAGGAAGGCAAUGAUCUUCAACUUGUGUACUCUGAUGGUGAGCCAUGUGGAACGGGUGGUCAAAGUAAAACUAUCAUCACUUUUAUAUGCAGACCUGGGGAUCUGGAGAGUCCUCCUAUCCUGAAGCCUGGGAUCAAUGAAUGUUUGUAUGAACUAGAAUGGCAUACAGCUGCAGCUUGUGCUUUAUCCAAAACUCAAGGUGAUGAAUGCAGGGUUUCAGAUCCAGAGGCUGGCUUUGUGUAUGACCUUUCGCCUCUAACCAAACAAAAUAGCAGCUACCAAGUUAAAUCUGAGACAUACAAUUUCUAUAUAAAUGUAUGUGGCAAUGUGUCCAAGGAUGGCUGUGAGAAAAACUCUGGUGCUUGUCAGGAAGCUCCACUUGAUCAAACGUUUUGGAGCCUAGGAGAAUCUAAUUCCAGAUUGUCAUACUAUGAUGGGAUCAUUCAUCUGGUCUAUACAAAUGGGACAGAAUACAACAAUGAGCAGCACAUUCAACGAUCCACACUCAUAACAUUCCUGUGCGAUCGAGAUGCAGGCGAAGGACAUCCAGAAUUUGAGGUUAGUGAAAACUGUCAAAUUAAGGACCCAAAAUAUGGUUAUGUAAUUGACCUGCGACCACUUGCUAAUGAGGAUCAGAAGGUGAAGGGUGAUGAAUAUACCUAUCACUUCAGAGUAUGUGACUAUUUGAGAAUAUCUGACUGUGGCAAUUUUUCACAAGGCGGGGAAGAUGCAAUUUCAGCAUGUCAGUCAAAGCCAGGCACUUCUUUCAAGAAGAUUGCAGGACAUUUUACCCAGCACUUAACCUAUGAAGAUGGAUUGAUAAUGAUAAACUAUACCAGAGGAGACACUUGCCAUAAAAUUUAUGAACGGUCAACAGCCAUCUUCUUCUAUUGUGAUCACAGUCAAACUCCGGGCAAGCCAGUUUAUUUGAGGGAAACUCUAGACUGUACGUACCUGUUUGAAUGGCAUACAUCAUAUGCUUGUCCACCAUUCAGAUCCAUUGAUUGCACAUUAAGGGAUGAAGAUGGGAAUUCCUAUGACCUUACUCCUUUAUCACGAUCCCAAGACAGCUGGGAGAUAGAACAGCAACGAGAUAUUGACCAGACGUAUUACAUCAAUAUCUGCAAGUCACUAGUCCCAAAAAAUGGUAACUGGGCCUGCUCUUUAAAUGCAGCUGUCUGCCUGAAGAAUGGCAGCAAAUAUGUAAACCUUGGUGAGGUCGUUGCAGGGCCAAGGUGGGAAGAACACGGUCUGCUUGUUCUACGUUAUCAAAAUGGUGACCGAUGUCCUGAUGGAAUACGCAAUAAGACUACAAGCAUACGUUUCAAAUGUGAUAAAGAUGCAAUUAACACAAAGCCAGACUUGAUCACAGCCAUUGAAGGUUGUGAGUACACGUUUUUGUGGUUCACAGCUUUCGCUUGCCCAGUAACCAAGAAUGUACACAAUGAGUGUGUUGUGACAAAUCCGAUUACAGGCCAUUUAUUUGACCUGAAUUCACUACGAACCGAUCAAGGCUAUACUAUAUAUGACCGUAAAAUCAGAAGAAACUUUGUUCGCCUUAAUAUUUGUGAUAAGGUGCAAAAUACUGGAUGUUCAGGAGAUGACGUUGGUGUGUGUAUUCAAGGAGAUCAUGCAAUCAAUGCAGGCCGUUUCAAUACAGAAGUGACUUAUAUAGAUCAGGUGUUGAGGCUCACAUAUAGUGAGGGUGAUAUCUGCUCCAGCAACUCUAACCUGCGUCAUAGAAGCAUCUUCAGUUUUGUCUGUGGCACACUUGCAGGAGCAGGUACUGGACCUGUUCUGGUGGCUUCAGAUGAGCAGACAUGCACUCAUUAUUUUUCUUGGCAUACGCAGCUGGCCUGUGAACAUGAGGUGAGAUGUUCGGUGAAGAAUGGAAGCUCGAUUAUUGAUUUGAGUCCUUUGAUCCAGAAGACUGGGUACUAUUCUGCAGAAGAUGAAGAUAUUGCUGAUGAUAGUCAAAAUGACUCUCCUGAUUUUUACGUCAACCUUUGCCAACCACUGAAUCCUGUCCCAGGGGUUAUCUGUCCCCCUGGUUCAGCUGUGUGCAUGGAUCCUGUAAAUGGACCACCUGUGGUAAGUUGA